GUUAGUCAUUCUCGGGUGAAAUUUACGUGUGGAGUCCUGCCAAAGAGGGUAUUUUCGACGAUUUCUGACAAUUUUACAGAUAUAUUUCAAGUAUUUAUAGAGGACUUGCCACAACAUGAAUUAAACUGUCUUGUUACAUCUGCCUCCAUUUGGUUAACCUUGGCACUUUAAUCUGUUAAGUGAUUGGUGCAUCCAAAAUUACAAAAUGGUUUUAUCUCAACGACAAAGAGAAGAACUAAAUCGUGCAAUAGCUGAUUACCUUAGUUCCAAUGGCUAUAUCAGUGCUCUUGGCGAAUUCCAGAAAGAGGCCUCCAUGCAAGGUGAAAUUGACAAGAAGUAUGCUGGCCUCCUAGAAAAGAAAUGGACAUCUGUCAUCAGGCUUCAGAAAAAGGUCAUGGACCUUGAAGCCAAACUUUCGGAGGCAGAAAAAGAAUUCAACUCUGGGGGUCCCACUCGGGACCGUCGAAGCCCUGCAGAGUGGAUACCCCGCCCUCCAGAGAAAUACUCCCUCAGUGGACACAGGAGCCCUGUCACACGGGUUAUAUUUCACCCAAAAUUUAGUAUAAUGGUUUCAGCAAGUGAAGAUGCUACAAUGAAGUUAUGGGAUUAUGAAGCUGGUGACUAUGAAAGAACUCUGAAAGGACACACAGACUCUGUACAGGAUAUAGCAUUUGAUCAAGCUGGCAAAUCCCUAGUUUCGUGUUCAGCCGAUAUGACUAUAAAACUGUGGGACUUUACAGGAUCUUAUGAAUGUCUGAAGACCAUGCAUGGUCAUGACCACAAUGUUUCGAGCGUGACUUUCAUGCCAAGUGGAGAUCACAUUAUUUCGUGUUCACGUGACAAGACCAUAAAGAUGUGGGAAGUUUCCACUGGAUAUUGUGUAAAGACUUACACAGGCCAUCGUGAAUGGGUACGUAUGGCCAGGGUCUACCAUGAUGGCUCACUGAUUGCUAGCUGUUCUAACGAUCAGACAGUUCGCAUUUGGGUAACAGCUACCAAGGAGUGUAAGGCUGAACUGAGGGAGCAUGAACAUGUGGUAGAAUGUAUUGCCUGGGCUCCUGAAUCUGCACAUGCCGCCAUUAAUGAGGCCAGUGGUGUAGAUGUGAAGAAAACAGGUAGAAGUGGGCCAUACCUGGCUUCAGGAUCACGUGACAAGACCAUCAAGAUAUGGGACAUUAGCACAGGCUUAUGUCUCUUUACACUGGUGGGCCAUGACAACUGGGUUAGAGGAAUCUUGUUUCAUGCAGGAGGCAAAUACAUCCUCAGUGCGUCAGAUGACAAGAGCUUGAGGAUCUGGGAUAUCAAAAACAGAAGGAACCAGAAGACACUAGAAGCCCAUCAACACUUUGUAACAUCACUAGACAUGCAUAAGACAGCUCCCUACGUCAUAACCGGCUCUGUGGACCAGACCGUUAAAGUUUGGGAAUGCCGUUAACUCAUUCUGCCAGCAACUUGCAUUUUACUUGGGCUAGGUAUAUACCAAGCAAUGAUACAAAUAUAUUGUAAAACUGUCCGGAAAUUUUACAUUUCGUCACAAAUCAAACCAUCAUCCAAUAAAAAAAACCAUUACAUGGAGAGAAUCGUGUUUGAUGGUACCUGUCUGGGAGAGUUUGGAUUGGUUGGUAUAAAGCCUAGUUUUAUACUUUUGGUCGAGAGUUCGGUCGAAUAUGUGCACUGCUAACAGUGCUGGUGAAGGAUCUCAGUCAGUGAUGCCUCUGUAUGAUAUGACAGUGCUUGCUUACAGUGGUCUUGUCUGUGCGUCUUGUUAUUUAGUCAUAAACCUCUUUCACAACUUUUUAACAAAUUUGCCAUCUUUAAAAUGAAAUAUAAGAUUGAUUUUUCGCUGAAAUAGGUAAAAAUCCUAAAUGGGGUAAGACAAAGAUGGCUGAUGAGUUCAAGCUCAGUGUUGAUAGUGUCAAAUUCACGCUUAUCUUACCUAUAUACAUGUAGACCAGGUGAUUAUCGGACGUGUAUGUGGAAUAUGCUAUAUGCUGAAGAACUGGUGUUGAGAUUUUUAAACAGGAUUGCUGACAGUGCUUCAGAGGGAGUCAGCUAGAUGCAGAAAUAUUAUAUUAACCAAUUAAACAAGAUAAAUGAUAUUCUAAUUUAUGUAGUGUGUAUACAGGAUCUGACAUGUCUUUCACUACCAUGUGUGCAAAAUGCAAUAUAUUUCAAUGUAUAGGAUUAGUAUUGUAUGUUUUGUUACUGCCAUAUAAAAUAUCCAGUAUGUAUGAAUUUGAUAUUUGAUUUGAGCUUUCGCUAUACAAAUAUUAACCAGUGGUUAAAGGAAUAGGUUGGAAGUAAUGUAAGACAAAGAGAACCUAUUAGUUUCUUCAGUGAAAAUAUACAGAUAAAUUAUCAUAUGUAGAUAGUGGAUUUAUCUUUAUUAUCAGGUAAUGUGGAUCUAUAAUUAUACAGGUAAUAUAAAGGUAUAUAGAGUCAGAUAACUCACUUAGGAUUAAUAUCUUGUUCAAAUAUCACAGCAAAGUCUUGAAACCUGUUUUAAUUAUACAUGUUAUUAAUUUCAGACAUUAGAGCUACAAAAAAAAUUUAAGGAUGAAAUUGAAUUUGUUGAUUAAAGCAUAGAUUAAGUAAAUUAUAUUGAGUAUAUAUAAAUACUCAAACUACCUAUUAAAUGUUUAUAUUAUUAGUGUAUCAUGCAACUUUGCACAUGGUGAAGAUUUUGUAAUUGUUUGUAGUUAAUCAUUAUAAUCAUCCUUCUUCAAUAUUCCAGUUUUUCUCUUCGACACAUACCAGAAGGUGCUUGAUUCAUUUUUUGCCAUAAGCAAUUCCAGAUCACAGUUGAAUGCACAUGAAUUAAGACAGUGUUGUCCUUAAAUGAAACAAGAAUACUUCAUAGUCAAACCAUCAAUGUAUCUACAAAUGAAGUGACUCAACACCUUUGUUGGUUUUGGGUGUGAGAGACUUUGUGAUAAGUCUCAUUUUAUAUAUAUUGCAAACCAAAAAGUCUGUGAUAUACAUUUUAAAAUUAUUUUCAUUGUGUAUUGUUUAGAUUUUGGUAGUUUAAGCAAAUUUGGGCGUCAUCUUUUUGAUGAGAAUCCACAAGUUUGAUAUAAAAUCAUAAAGUUGUGCACUACCUGUCUGGGAGCUUUUGGCAUCAAAUGUCGGCACUAGAUGGGCAGGUCCAAGGUUUUAAUGGAUUUUAUACAGAUUUUCUGAUAUCAGUGAAUGAAACCUAUCAGAUGUGCCCUAUUUUCCUGUUCUACAGAGCUAAGAACUACCGGGAGUUUGAUAUCAGCCGAGGCCGAGUCAUACAGGAAUUUCCUCUUGUUUUUAUUGUGCUGAUUUUGUAUAAUUGUUUUGAAGCAUGCAACCAUCCGUCCAUACAUUUGUGUUCUCUAUUACUUCCGGUGAUAUUUCUUUGUGGUCAUAAUUUUCUCUUUUUGCCCAGUGUCAAUGUCAGAUACAAAGUAUGUAUACUGCGCAGCUCAAAUCAGCAUUCCAUGACUUAAAUUAGAUCUUUAUAUUGAAUUAAAUGAUAUAUAUUAAUAAAAUACUAUGAAUUUUUACCUUCAUUCACCCCUUUUAACAAAAUAGAAAAACUGAAAUGGUUGUGAUAGAAAGAUUUACAUUCAUUUCAGGGUUUUUUCUCAUGUUCAAAAUAUAUCAGAAGAAUGCUUUACGAUUUUGUUUUAUUUCCUGAAAUGUUGUGGUGGAUGGUUGAUGCAAGGAUAAAUACAAAGGCACUUGAAAACCAUGGGAACCAUAUACUGUAAAAGAUCUGUUCUGUGUGGAAUCCAUUAACAUGGAUGUGAUGUGUCAUUCUUUGAAAGCUUGCCAUCCAUAUAUAUAUGUAAAAUCUCAUAAUAUCUAUAGCAUUGUCAUGCUACAGUCAGCUUCAUCUUCAUUGUUAAGUUUAAAUUUAAUUUAUUUACAACACAUGCUUUUUAUUACAGGAUUUCAAUUAUUAUUUUGCAGUAGACACAGUUGUAUGUGUUAUCAAAUUAUGUUCCAUAUUGAUGAAUGCUACAUUCUUGUGCAUGAUUUUGAAAGUAAGGAAACAAAAUCUCAUACUUGCAUCACAUUUCCUUUUAGAAGUUGUGCUGAUGUUGGACUAAACGGGUUGUGUGUUUGUGUUCAUAAAAACCUAUUUAGUAUUGUUUCUGAAAUGAAAAUAUGGCCAGUAAUCUUUUGAAAACACUUUUUGAUUCUAUUUUUGAAAUUUAUUGUUAUCAUUUUUUUCUCAAAAUUGAAAUGAAGAAACAGAAAGAACAUUGUAAUUUUGUUUUGGCCAAAUGCUGUUCUAGUCCCAAUUUUACAUUCAAAGUGCUUUUUAAUAGUAUGAAUGAAAUGUGCAAUUUUAUUUGAAAGUUUUUUUCUGUUAUUAUUUGAUGUAGUUAGAUAGAUGUUCACCUUGAGUAUGGUAACCAUUGGAGACUGUACAUUAUAAUGCUGGUGUGUUUGGGCAAACUUUUUGACAUAAUUCAGACUCAGGUUUGUGGAGGAACAUUUGGGAAGAGUCCAUACAUUUCUGCACACUCUCCAAAGGGAGGUGAAGAUGAUGCUUGUAUAGAGUUUGUUUUCUUCCUGUAACUUCCAUGUAAAUACCAAAUUAACAUAUAUACAAGUCACUCUGUAUGUGACCACCAGAUUGAUUUUGAUCUCAUCUGGGUGACUUAUUGGCCUCAAAUACGAAGAAACACAUGUCAUUCCAAACCGGCAGUGCUAUUAUGUAGCUGAUAAAGUAACUGUCAACAGAUAUUGAAAUUUUAUAUUUACUACAGUGAUGUAUAAUAAAUUGGUGAUGACAGAUUCCAUGUUUAAAGAGAAUGGAUUGCAUUUAUUUAUGUGGGAGUAAUACACAUGGAUUGUUUUCAGUAAAUUAUGCAUACAAGUACACCUGACCAGUCUGAAGACUUACCUAUACACCAAGUGCCAAUUUAAUUUGAUUUUUAUUCACAUAUUUAUGUUCUGUUUCCUACAGUUCUUGUUUUAUUAUCUCCCAUGUAUUUACGUUUUCUGCAAUAAGAACAGCAUUCCAGAAAUUUUAUACCCUUGUCAGUUUUAAAUACAGUUUUCUUUUGACCUUAACGACUUUACCAAGAAAGUGUCAUAGACUUUUGUAGCUUCCAAAGAACAAAAAUGUUGUUUGAAAACCAAAUAAGAUAGUUUAAAGGCAAAGGUUGUAUGAAGAUUUAAAGCCAAACCUUUCUGCUGAGUACCACAUUGAUAAAAUGGUAUGAAGAGAUACCAUGUUAUAUGGAUAACCACUAUUUGAUCCCAAGCCUUUUUGUUUGCUGUGCCAGUCCAGGAAUGUUUAUAUCAUUCAUGUAAUCUAUCAAAGCUUAGAUUGUUUGCUUGGAAAAGAAAUGAUGGAAAAUCCCUUCAUUUUCGCCUUUUCUAUAAACAGAGGUAAUACUUGAAUGUGUUUGGGAUUAUACCCUGAAUUAUAGAUGAAAACGAGGGGAUUUUCUUCUCAUGAGCUGUCCUAUUUUCUGUUCUGUCUUUCUCGUUCUUUUUUCGAUAAAGGGAAGGUGUUUGUAACACCACCACAGUUAUAUGUAUUAAAAAUGUCUUCAUUGGUCAAAUGGUGUUUUAACCUGCAAUGAAUUUCAAUUUUAAUACAUCUGUGGUGUCCAUAACUACAAAUCCCUUUAUAACUGUAUAUAUUAUAGUAAUGUUAGUGUCCAACUUUGUCUCUAAUUUUCAUUCUUUCAUAAUUUGAUAUAAUUCUCAUUAACAGUCUGUUUACAGAAUGUAAUAUGUAUACAUUUUUUUUUUCCCUUCUAGAUGAAUAAAGGAAGGCAUGAAAUAUUGUUGAUAGAAAACCCUUCAGGAAGGGAAUAAAAAAUAUAAAUAACAUUGGGAAAAAUAAUUGCAGAGUUAAGUCCAGGAACAAAUGUGUUAUGGUAUUCUUGUCAGGAUAUCAAUGUGGUUCUGUACUAUCAACACCAUUUUACAUCAUCAAGUGCUAUUCACAGUAUUUAUAAUGUAACUAAUACCUGUAAAAUCCACCUGCCAAUUUGUUUGAAGAGCCAUGUUUGAUGUAUGAUAUAAAGUCUACCACACAUAUAGGGAUAAGUGGUAACAACAAUGGGCGUUAAUUGAUCCGCUCUUCACACAACAUGGCAGGUUUCGUGUUGUAAUAUUUUAACUUUGGUUGACACAUCCAGACUUGAAGGUCUAUCUAACUACAUUUGUGUUGCUUUGUACCGGCAGUCCUCAUGUAACUUACGGUUUUAUCAUUGAUCUGGUCGUGUCUACUGUCAAUAAAUGAUAAUGUCAGA